AUGAGGUCAAAAGGCCCGAGACUUCAAGUGGGAUGCGUCAUUGUGCACCGGAAAUCACUGAGGGUGAGUAAUAUUGUAGGCUAUUAUUUAUGUCUGUAAGAGAAUAUACACUGACAAACAUAACCAUGCUUAAAAAACAUCAUAGAAAAAAGAAACCUGUAUUGUAGAAAAACUAUGGUUGUGAUCAGUUACGACUAACCUUAAAGUUUUUCUUGGUCCAAUGUUUGUCCCACUAAAUGUCCGCAGAACAAUUGGUAUUCUACGGGAUGUAUGCAACAAACGGGCAAAAACUUCAUGGUCUUUCUAUUUUUCCAUUAAAACACAUGGUGCUUUGGUCUUGAAUUAGACUGAGGAAAAUGGAAAUUCAUCGAACAAAUUUCUCUUUGUUAGCGGUCGACGUGGGUCGAGUUUUACUGGGAUGUGGUAUUCUGUGCCUCCAUGAGGUCAAAAGACCCGAUCCUGCAAGGGGGAUGCGUAAAUGUGCACCCAAAAUCACUGAAAGUGAGUUACGUUGUUGGCUUUAUUUUUUAAGUCUGUAAGGGAAUAUAGCAAGAAACAUUAUCAUGCUUAAAAAGCACUGUUAGAAAAAAGAAACCUGUAUUGCCGAAAAACUAUGGUUGUGAUUUUGCCGACGUUAUACUGGUACCAUUUUGGACAGAAAAAUGCGGCGGGUGAACUCUCCCUUUGACAGACUAACUUCCCAUAAUUUAACCCUUGGCAGAUCUUGAGCGCCGGCUACAAUGGAUUUCCUCCUGGAACCCCAAACAAGGACGAAAACUGGGAGAAAAAAGCAAAACAUACUUUUGUCGUCCACGCGGAGGCCAACGCUGUGCUCCUGGCAGGCCAAGCUGACCUUGAAGGUUCAAUUGCUAUUGUUGCAAUGUUUCCCUGUCGGGAGUGUGCGAAAAUGCUAAUAGCGGUGAGUGAUAUCGAGAACAUUCAUGCAACUUAUUAUAGUGAAACCUGUGUGAAACAGGGCCCAUAAGCGAGAGAAUCUGCAUCUUGAAACCUGCAUCAAGUGGUUGGCUUAAUGAGAACUUUGAGUGUUGUCUUCAUUGAUUGCGUUGACUUAAAAAGGCCAUUCGGAAGGUUUCUAAUCGCUUACUCUGUUCCGUUAGGGAGUUCAGAAUUAGCAACUAUUACACGAUUUAUUACGCGCGCCAGCGAGAGUCCGUGAGUUACCGAUAUUAAAAGAGGUUACUGUACAACCCCUUUUCCUUGCUAAUUUCAAGUUUCUCCCACUGGCAGGCUAAACAGGAUGAUUUUUAAGCCUUGUUACCGAAGCCUGUGUGUCUUAGAAUGCAAACUUGUGUCCUUAUAUCUUAGGGAUUAAAUGUUUGUUGUAUUACGCAGGCGGUCCAGUUAGUUUCCCUCAGUGUGGAAGCGGUAAUUAACUGAUGGAUAUCUCUUUUUCCAUUUGUAGAAGGGUGUCCGUAAAGUAUAUUAUCUGUCAUCAAAAGAUAUACACCAAGAGGAGUCAACUGCCAUCUUUAAAGCAGCCAAAGUAGAGGUCGUGUAAGUAAUAACUUUCAUUAGACUGUAACUCCUUGUGGUAAGAAUAUUCUCAAAUAAACAUCAUAAUGGUGCACUGUUUUGAACGAACAAAAAGAAAUAUACAAAUGCACCAUUAAUCCUACGAUAUGGGUUUCAAAUUCAAAACUCAGUAGUUCUAAAGAAUAUGCCAGGCGAAGGAAUAAAGCAAAGAUAAGUGACUGAAUAACUGGGAAUUUAGCAAGCGGAAAUUACACUAUUGGUGGCUCUUCUUGUCCACUGUUUCGAGAUCGAUUUGGAAUAUGGAAUUUGGUUUAUAUGGAGGAAGGAGAACCGGAGGACUUGGAGAAAAACCCUUCGGAGCAAGGACAAAAACGAACUAAAAACUCGACCCACACUGUGAUGCUAGGUCCGGGAACCCAGGCCACAGUAGCGCUCUCGCCACUACGCCAUCUCUGCUACCACACGAAUCUAUCAUUCCAAAUUGAAAUAAGUCGGUUUGAUAAUUUCCAAUUCUGUGCCACAAUGCAUCGAUCUUUUCAUCACAGUUGAUGAUAAGUAUGGGGACUGACCGGUUAAUUUUGCGAUGAAGGAAAAAAGAAUUAAACACAAACAAGAGGGGAUACUAUAUCCUGUCUUGAAAUAAAUUAUGUUUGGAAAUGGAAGCUUUCUGAUCAGGGUAUGUGCGAAUGAUUGUGCGAAAGGUAAAUAAGCUUAAGCAAAACAUUAAGUGUUUUAUGUAUUUCCUCGCGUAGGCCCCCACACUCUAAUAAGCGCCCUCCCCCGAAUAAAGGCCCACGCCUUGGCGGCUAACCUGUAAUGUCAAACAAGUGCCCCCCUGUCCUCUCGAAGAGGUGCUCCGCCUCCUCCUUCACUUAAAUAGAAGGAAUACAAGAAAAACCUGUUUUCAUUGCCAUAAUAUUUACAACUAUUUUAGCUUCAACUAGAGCGGAAUCAGUAUAAGAGGAUAAUUUUUUUAUUCGUUUUCGUUAUUUCUAUCUCUUUGUGCUCGCGGAGUUCCUUCAUUUGCCUUAUUUUUUCUUUUCAAUUGUUGUCCUAUAAAUGUGCUAAACGUAUAAGUGUGUUCCUCGAUUAAGCGCCCCACCCCCUCCCUUGUCGCCGAAGUUUCAAAUAAGCGCCUUCCCCUCCUCCCCCGAGGAACGGUGCAUAUCUAUCGUCAGUUUUACAAUAUCAUUUAUCUUGUUUUAUUCACCUACUCAUUCAGUUUUACUGCAAUGAUUUAUUUAGAUUUAUUUAUGAGCGGUAAAAGAGACUUAACUCAGUGAUGUUCCUCUGUUCGCAAAUUUGUAAGCAAUGCUCGGCUUGUUUUUUCUUCUUAGCCACAAUGCAUCGAGGGGAGGAUACGGUUGUUCCUUGAUUUUACAAACUGUCCCCGCAGCUGUUCGCCCUUAUUUGCGUUCACCUUUUAAUCAAUUAAGAGUAAGAUCUCAUUACGCUACUUUAGGCCUUUAAAGUGAGGUGAGGACGAAACAUAAUAGAUACAUAGGUGUGUAAGCGAAAAAAAAAAAAAACUGUAAAAAGUAGGGUAAGAAUUGCAGUCUAAGGAAGUAUUAUAUAGUAAGUAGAAUAAGUAACGUCUUGUAGGUGGUAUUGUAAGUAGUGUUCGUCUUGUUUUGUGAAGUAGUGUUCUUCGUGUUGCAAUUAAAAAAAAAAACAAAACAAAACAAAAAAAACAUGAUAUUAAUUAGCAAGGGGUUUCGAUUCUUCAUUAAGGAUCGGGCUUAAAAUCACACGUCAACCAUUGUGAUUCGAAUCUUAAAGGCUGCUUUCGAACAGAGGGAUUUUCACUUUCUCGGUAAACAGGAACUUCGUGCUUCUGAAGCGCCCAAGUGGAACAACAUCUUAAAAAUAAAUCUAUUGUAAUUAUAACCUACGGCUCAUUUUUCAAUAAUCAGCUAUUGGAUGAAACAGUUUAUUAUCAGGCUGAAGUCUGAAGUCAUUCCUGUGAAAAGUGUGCUUCAUCCAGGCUUCAUCUUUUGGUUUCAUAAUGAAAACCUAAAUAGCUUUAUUAUGCACAGAAAAACUUAAACUGUAGAGUUUAUUGUUACUUUUUGGUUUUGGUGUAAUUGUUUAUACCUCUACACGGAGAUAUUGACGGCUUCUAGUUAGAGUGCGUUUGAUAUUACUUCGUUGUUUGACUGGCAUCAGAGAGACUUGUGUCAGAAAAUCCUUACAUGAUGUUAUGAAAUUGAGACGAACUUAUCAAAAGCGUCUCGUUGCGAAAGCGAUAAGUUUCAUCUGCUCUGUUUUAUUCUUCAUGGUGGGCGUUUGCUAAGUCAGGUAUGAGUUAUUAUAUUUUUGGGCGAUGUUAACGUCAUAGAGUGUUACAUUUACUUAGAGGGAUACACCAGAGUGGCGUUUUACAGAUAAAUACCAAAGAGGUAAACUUAAGUCAGGAGAAAAACGGGGGUAGUCCUAAGAUGGCGAAGAACGCAAUAAGUAAUUAAGAGUGAUUGUCAGUAAAAAUCAAAGAAAUCGUGGCCACGGUCAAAAAUCGAUUUCGCUCAUACUUUGUCAGUUUGAAGGCCUAGGUAAGUAACUGAAGGAUAUGAGGUUAGUUUUUUGAAAUAUUCCAUAUAACGGCAGAAAACCACGAAAAACGGUCACCCUACCGGAAGCUCGGAUUUCACCUGGCGGAAACUCGAAAUUUUACACUUUUCAGCUUCUCGCUACACAGACGUUUACAUAGCUGUGAAUCUUUCUUAAGUAUAAUUGAAUACAUUGAUUCUUCCUUAGUCAAACCAUGGGAAUUAUUUUUAUCUCUGCUUAUUUGUGAGCGAACUGAGACCCGAUUAAGAAGACACACUUUUCUCAUUUACGCGAAGGUGUAAAAUAAUCCAAACUCAGCGACGAAAAAAGCUGACCGGUAGUUCUUCAAAUCCUCUGAUAUUAUAACCAAAGACAGCUCAGUCAUUGAUUUUUAGGUCUAUGGUUUUAAAUCUCUAGGAUCUAGUAGCACUUUUGCAUGAACGCCGAUCAAAAUUCGAUAAAAUUCCAAUUGAGCGCCUUUGAAAUCUACAACUCUACAUAACAAUGCACUAUUGAAUAAAUUAACUCCUCGGCCAAAGUUUGUACAUAAAACAUGAGGGUUUCACUUUCUUAGCGGUUUGAACCUUUUAAAAAUAUAUAUUGAUGUUAAAUAUUGUCUACACAGGUAAAACAAACUAUGAAACACCAAAAUUACCACGAGCUGAAAUUAAAUCUCACAGGCUCGCUCCCUAAUCUGUGUCACGCACGAGCGACUUCGCUACAAUUAGUACAGUAACAAACAGAUAUUUACAUCUGUUAAUUUACAAUAAGUCUUAUUUUAAAAUAUCUUACUCAACGAUGUGCCAGGUUCCUCAGUUAACUUGCUGAAGUAAUAAUAAAAGAAAAUAUCAUAAUAGCAAUUCAAACUGAAACGAUAAGAAUUGAUUUUAUUAAGAAUGAAAAGCUUUAUGCCGUCGAUAGCCAAUCAGAAGUACCUGUUCUCACGAAAAUUGCAUCGUUCUUUAAAUAAAUAAAUCGAAUUAUCUUUAUCUGUGAAACAUUUCAUCUAAAACCAGAGUUUAUUGUCGGGGAACUUCAUAGAACAAUGAUGUCUUGCUCGUUCUUGAAUAUUGUUGGUAGGAUUUGCGGCGCAGACGAACGCACAAGUUCUUCAACUUCCGUCAUGCCUCUCACGCGGUGUAACAGGGAUAUCAAAAAUCACAAAAAGUCCUUGAAAUUUUCCGGAAUUGAAACGGAGGUAGAAUUAAUUUUGGCGAGAUGUGGAUGUUUUCAAAAGCCGGCGAAUUUAUCGGAUAUGACUAUCUGUCCGGUUCAUCGUGCCAAGUUAGGUUUAGGUUGGCGAAGGACGGGUAAUCUUUGCACCAUCCCGGAAGUUGUUUCUGGUCACCGCAAGGAGCUGAGGAAGGCACCCGCACUGGAAAAAGGAAUAAAUUUAUUCCAAUCCAUGAAGAUAUUUGAGCUUUCAAAACAGCUCGUCCCUGCUCAGGUAAGCAACCAACUACUUGAUGUUCUACCAAACAGAAACUGUCUCCAAUGAAUUAUUUUUAGUCUAUUCAUUCUGUUGACUUAAGAUUAUAUGAAAGAAUCAUUUGUUUAAACGACGGAAAGAAAUAAGUAAGGUUGAUGUGACGUUUCCACUAGUAUACUGUGCAAACUGUGCACUCUGUGGGUGGUUGGGGAGAGAGAGUAGUAUGGUUGUUAAAUCCUUUCCCCCACCCCCUUCCCUCCUUUUUAAAUGUCGUAAAAAUGACAGUGCACAUUAUUUAUUCUUCGGUGCCCUCUUUGGAAAAUUCUUAGUAUUUUUCAUCGAAUAUUGUCAAAAUUAAACUUUAUUUUCUCUAUCAAUGACAGACUGUAGUGUUGUUUGACAAGCGCAAUCAAUAAAACAUGCAAGUCGUAAAACUCAUAGUGUUUUUAAUAGUCGCAUUGGACAACAGAAUGAAGAGGAUGCAAAACUCAUUGGAGACAGUUCCUGCUUGGUAGUACAUUUUUUAGUUGUUAUUUACCUGAGCCCAUAGGGACGAGCUAUUUUGAAAGGUCAAAUAUCUUCGUGGAUUGGAAAAAAUAUAUUCCUAUUCCAGUGCGGCUACUUUUCACAGCUCUUGUUGAGUGACCCGAAACAACUUCCUGUAUGGUGCAAAAAUUAAUACUUUUGAACAUGAUGUAUUACUCAGUAAGUGACACAGGCAUAAUCGGAAAAAAAAUCCGAGUGCUUCAUGGGACAAACAUCCUGCAUACUGCUAGGAUUGGAAUGUCAUGUGUGGCAUACGCGCAAUGGAAUAAAUGUGAUGGAAUAUUUUUAAGCCUGGUGAAUAAAUGAGAAUGAUGUAUUAUUCAGUAAGUGACACAGGCGUACUCGGAAAAAAAGAAAUCCGAGUGCUCUCGGCCAUCAGGAGUCGAAACUAUCGACAUCGUGUCAGGUUAUGCCUAAGUGACACGAUGAGACGGUACGGGUAGUCAUCUCCAAUAAACUCGUUGGCUUUUAAAAACACGCAAUCUUGCUAAAAUCAAUUCUGGUUCAAGUCCGGAGAGUUUUUUAGGACUUCGUGCGAUGUUUUAUAUCCUUGUUACACAGCGUGAGCAGUGUGACGAAAGCUGAGUAAGGGUAGAAAUUAGCCAUUGGAAGUUACUUAGCAAGUGCGUUCGUCUGCGCCGCAAAUCCCACCGACAAUAUUCAAGAACGAGCAAGACGUCGUUGUUAUGUAUGUCUAUUAACUUCGCCAACAACAUACUCUGGUUAUAUGGUUAAGAAGAUUUGUUUAUUUAGAGAACGAUGCAAUAUUUGCUUUUCGUGGAAACAGUUACUUCCGAUUGGUUUUCGACGGCACAAAACUUCUCAUACUAAAUAAAAUCAAUUCUAAUUGAGCUAGAAUUACUAUUAAGGUUUUCUUUUUUUUCAGCAAGUUAACUGGGAAACCUGGCACAUCUUUGAGUAAGAUAUUUUAAAAAUACGACUUAUUUAAAAUCAACGGAUGUAAAUAUCUGUUUGUUACUGUACUAAUUGAAGCUAAGUCGCUCGUGCGUGACGCAGAUUAGGGAGCGAGCCUGUGAGAUUUAAUUUCAGCUCGUGGUAAUUUUGGUGUUUCAUAGUUUGUUUUACCUGUAUAGACAAUAUUUAACAUUAAUAUAUAUUUUUAAAACGCUUCAAACCGCUAAGAAAGCAAAACCUUUAUGUUUUAUGUACAAACUUUGGCCGAGGCCGAGGAGUUAAUUUAUUCAAUAGUGCUUUGUUAUGUAGAGUUGUAGAUUUCAAAGGCGCUCAAUUGGAAUUUUAUCGAAUUUUGAUCGGCGUUCAUGCAAAAGUGCUACUAGAUCCUAAAGAUUUAAAACCGUAGACCUAAAAAUCAAUGACUGAGCUGUCUUUGGUUAUAAUAUCAGAGGAUUUGAAGAACUACCGGUCAGCUUUUUUCGUCGCUUAGUUUGGAUUAUUUUACACCUUCGCGUAAAUGAGAAAAGUGUGUCUUCUUAAUCGGGUCUCAGUUCGCUCACAAAUAAGCAGAGAUAAAAAUAAUUCCCAUGGUUUGACUAAGGAAGAAUCAAUGUAUUCAAUUAUACUUAAGAAAGAUUCACAGCUAUGUAAACGUCUGUGUAGCGAGAAGCUGAAAAGUGUAAAAUUUCGAGUUUCCGCCAGGUGAAAUCCGAGCUUCCGGUAGGGUGACCGUUUUUCGUGGUUUUCUGCCGUUAUAUGGAAUAUUUCAAAAAACUAACCUCAUAUCCUUCAGUUACUUACCUAGGCCUUCAAACUGACAAAGUAUGAGCGAAAUCGAUUUUUGACCGUGGCCACGUUUUUUGAAUUUUCCUUGAUUUUUACUGACAUUUACUCUUAAAAAUUUCAAACUUGAAAAAAAAAAAAAAAAAAAAAAGAGGUGAGGACGAAACACUGAAAAACUUCGAGGAAGACCUGAUCCAGAAGGUUAGAUCAGUACUGCAAAACACGACACCGGGUGAACCAGAAGGUUUCUAUAAAGGCUUGAGGGAUAGCACGGAAGAACCAAGGAGCAUCUUUAAAGAGAAAAAAAGUGGAAGAGUGCAACGUCACUUACAUGUAGCAUCGAUUUAACAGGGGAGGUACAUAAAUACAAACCAUCUAAUUUGUUUCAGGCUUUUUACGAGGACAUUUAAUUUGUUAAUAGGAUGCUCCCCGAAACUCCAAACCUCCAAACUCUGAUCUUAACAAUCAGUAUUUAUUUGCUCUCAUCAGUAGAGAUAUGGGAACCGGAUACCAAUAUUAGCGCUUCACAGCUAAACAGGGCUGAUAUUCUAACAGCUUCCUGAGAGACAAAAGUAGCAUCACUUUGAGGGUAAAUGUGCCAUCUUCAUAUUUUUUGUCCCGAGGCAAAAUAUUGGCGUGCUACUCAGCAUUCCAGUUAAGACAGCCUAAGAAAAAUAUGAAGCUAAAGUACACACGCGAGGAUUUCUGUUAUGCAUUUCUGACGUUGACAAGACAACAUGCCGUUAGCUACCUCUCUCAAGCGCAAAAAAUUUCCCAUAUAAGACAUAAUGCUGAAGAUUCUAAAAGAAAAAGACAAACUGCAAUAGCUUGUAUUUUAUCCUUAAUGCCAUUAUAAUUGUAAUUAAUUAUGUGACCCAUGGUUGUGCUGAGGUUUUAAUUCAGAUCUUUAGAAUAGAGAAAAGAAAGGCAAAUUCAUCUAAGUAUCCAUAUUUAGAAUUCAUUUACAUAUGUUAUAUUGGAAUAUCACGUUUUUAUCCGGGAUAUCUACAAGUCGUUGCGCAUGGAUGGACACAAUUAUCUCCCGACCUUAUACCCCUCUCGUUGAAAUUCUGUGCGAUCCGAACGGUUUAAUUCAAGUUCGUAAUCUAAGACUUCUUCCCAACGGUAUUCUGUAAAAUCUGUACGUCCAGCUUCUUACACUGACACUUUUUUUCAAAAUUAUUUUUUCAAGCGGACAACGUAAUAUUUUUUUUAAUUUUUAGACUUUUCUUGUAUAUUAGGUGACAAACAAAGGGCAUUCUUGACGAUCGAUUUACGAUUUGUUCAAAGUUUUCAAUAGCUGACCGUCAUAAUUACGUAAGGAAAUAAUCUGAAUGGGAAGGAUAAACAUAGGGACUCGUCUACUUCUGCUUUAAACAUGAUCAUGAAUGCAGUAGCUUAAAUUGCUUACCAUAAGUCCUCGUCAGAGGCCCGUUAAAUAGCUCUUAAUAACCAAUGAGUAAUACAAGAGCUGUUUCUUUAUAUAAGAUGCAUAAUGAGUCAAAAGGCCGAAUUAAGUGGCGGCAUAUGUAUAGCUUUCACGCGGUUUGAACAUUUUCCGUUAUAACUAGUGAACAUAUCUUGGAAUGGAGGAGUAUGUUAAGCAUAGUGGCCUUUACUCGCUGCUUAUGUAUAUCGUAUAUUUUCUAGAAGCUUUUCGGCAGUAUAGUCUGGGCGCGAGAGACCCUUUUUCAGACUGCCCUUGGUAUUUUCCAGAACAAAGUAAUAAUAACUUCCCUAUUCAACGUACCAGACAUAACCAAACCUAAGUUUUAUUUCGUUGUUUUAAAUACUCGACGUUUGUGUAAGGAAUCAUUUGUCGUGCCGAGACGGCUGAAAGGGCAGCUGCAUUUCUGUUCCAAAAUAGUUGCACAGCCUAAGGAUACUUUCACAAGAUUCAGGGGUCGCCAAAAAUAAUUCCAGUCUUUGGUUUUGCUUAAAAUUACGCUGAUUUUUUUUUCUUCACCUGCCUUCCAAAGUAACUUCGCGAACACCGUGUCGCCCCCAUUCGCAAAGUCUUUGUCUCGGAUGAGGCAUUAACCAUGCCUGUAUGACUCAUAGAUUGUUUUCAGCCACAAAAGUUGUUUUUGUGUUUUGGCUCAGUGAGCUUCUUUGAAAAGAAAGAAAUGUUUGAUCUGGAAACAAUUGGUGGUGUAGGCGUUAACUAGCGCGUGACUUAGACGCUAAACAAUAAUCUUAAGAGAUCUGCAUUUGUUUUUGCUUCAUAGCAUUCAAGGCACCGGAUGGAAAUUCACGUGAAAUUUCUAGACUUCCCGUGUAACUGCAUUUAACGCCUUAUAUUGAGCCUCUGCAACGUUAUACCAGACGAGGGGAGGCAACGCAAAGCAAGAACUGUGAGUUUUUAUCUUUUUCCUUUUUGCGUUAGUUUGUUUUGUGUAUGAAGCGCAUAAUAUGGAAUAAUUGUUUCAGGAUCACGCGACGCAACACAAGAAGACUCAGGAAAUUCUUUCAGUUGUGGUAAGAUUCAAACUUCCAUUGUGUCUAAAUAAGCUACAUUCCAUGAAUAAAAAAUAGACCGUCAUAGGGGAUGGCGCAGUACAGCUUACAUUGCUAGUGCGUCACAACUUGAUCAACGACUUCAGGUGUCUUACCGUCAAGAAAACAAAACAACAAACAUCAUUAACCUUCAAAUUGUGACUCAUAAGACGAAAAUACAGGAACAAAAGUUUCCGGCUUACAAGAGGAAAUUUACCCCAUUUUUACUUUGCUAGGAUCACCGUAAAUAACGAACAGGACAUCGAGGAAAAAAGGCGCACAAUUAAGUCUAACCCCCAUCAUUUCCCUGAGGAGACAAAUCAGGAGUACUUCACAUUUUUUUGCUAACCGAUUUAAUUUUUCCACAUGUUGUUUACGAGGGUUUAUGAGCUUUAAAACUUGAAUUUCUUCGAAUAUAAGGACGCAGAUAAGGGCUCUCAAGUAGUCUGUCGUGUAUUUUUCCACUAAAUUUAGUUUUUCCUAAAGAAAGAACACUUUUUAUGAUAAAAAAUUGAGAAUUUUAGAAAGAAUUUCCUUCAUUUUACAGUCACCAUCAGUGUUUCAUUGUACACUGAACAUUAAAAAGUCCAGUUAGGGCGUGGGGUAUUGCUUUCCGUCUUCGCACGGAAAGCAAAAUUUGACAUUGGAAGUCGUUUUACAACGUUUUCCAACUGGCAUACAUGGAAAGUUUUGUAAAAUGUGAGCGGCGAUUCGUUAAUUAACGACAAAGUUAAAAAGAAAAAUUGAAGGGCAAUAUCUUGUGGGCCUUGUUUUUGCAACUGGUCAGAAAUCUAGAAAGUACGAGCGAUCUACAAAGGCCGAGAGAAUUAAUGGGCAAGGUCAGUAGUUAUUACAUCAGGGGAGGAAGCAUUUAAAUUUUAUCUCAGCUUUUUUUGCAUCUCUGUUGCAAAAUUUUUAAUUCGAAGUUAGGAAUGAUACUAUUUGUCACUUGGUGAAGUAUCAUUUACCCUGUUACAACUGACCAUAGAGUCUUUGUUGCGCAGUCGUAGCACCGGAAAGUGGCAUAUAUACUCUCAAAUAACUCAAAUCGUUUGAUUUUAUAUUUUACUGGACAAACGGACGGACUAUUUUCUGUUCUUGGCCCUCAUUGCCAGCACAAGAGCUUUGGAAAACCAUCAAGGAGCAAUCUUGAUAGACUCUAA